ACAAAAGAGGGAAAGACCGGGUUGUAUUUACUUUCAUUUACACGUCUGAAAUAUUUAAACAAACGGACAAAACCAGACAUGGCUUGUUCAAGAAGUAUGAUCCUUGAGGACAACUUCCUUUGCUCCAUCUGUCUGGACGUGUUCACUAGACCUGUGUCGAUUCCCUGCGGACACAACUUCUGUUUUGACUGUAUCGCACACCACUGGAACAAUAACGCUCCUAUAUUCCAAUGUCCACUGUGUAUGGAGACUUUUCCCAUCAGACCAAUGCUUCGGGUUAAUAUCUUUAUUGCUGAGAUGGCAGAAAAGUUCAAGAAUUCAGCUACAAAAAACUCCUCCGACAGGUCUGACAAACCAGGAAAUGAAGGUGUUCUUUGUAAUCUUUGCACCGGGUCAAAGGUCGCAGCUUUCAAGUCCUGCUUAGUGUGUCUCAUGUCUUUCUGUGAAACACACCUUGAGCCACAUCAGACUGUUUCAGCCUUAAAGAAACACAAACUGAUCAAACCGACCGAGAACCUGGAGAGCUGGAUAUGCAAAGCGCACGAUCAGCACUUGGAGCUGUUUUGCAGGAAGGACCAUCAGUUCGUAUGCAACAUUUGUAAAGACACUGACCAUAAAAACCAUAAAGUAGUCAGUCUAGAGGAGGAGAUUGAAAUCAGGAAGACCGAGCAGGAAGCACAGCAGAGAGAAAUGGAUCUCAUGAUUCAGACGCGUCAUCAGAAAAUUCAAGAGUUUCGACACUCAAUAGAGACUAGUAGGAGUCAUGCUAGGAAGGUACUGACCCACAGCAGGCAUGUGAUGAACGCUGUGGUGGACUACAUUAAAAGAAGCCAAGCUGAGCUGACUGAGGUAAUUGAGCUGAGGCAGAAAAAAACAGAAACAGAGGCUGAAGGCUUCAUUAGAGACCUGGAGGAGGAAAUCACACAAAUAGCUCAGAGGAACAGACAGCUGUCAGGGUCAGUCAACAACGACCCGGUCACAAACCUGCAGAAUCUAUUCAAAGUCACCGUCCCUCCGAUCCAGGUUAGAGACUGGUCUGAUGUGAGUCUUGAGAGGGAACAGUUCAAUGUGCAAGAAGCAGCAGCCCAGUUUGAAAGUACAGUCACCGCAGAAAUAAGGAAACUGUGUGAUCCUGACCUGAAAGAAAUGCAGAAGUACGCUGUAGAUCUGACCCUGGAUCCAGACACGGCCAACUCCCACCUCAUUGUCUCUGAAGAUGGUAAACAAGUCGUACAUGUAGACAGAAGGAGGUUCCUCCCCAGCAAACCAGAAAGAUUUGAUCAGGUCCUUAAUGUUUUAGCAAAAGAGGGUUUCUCAACUGGGAAAUUUUACUACGAGGUUCAGGUUAAGGACAAGACUCAGUGGGAUCUCGGAGUGGCAAACCAGUCCAUUAACAGGAAGGGGGAUGUGAGACUGAGCCCUAAGAACGGAUACUGGACUAUCUGGUUGAGGAAAGAGAGGGAGUUCACAGCCAACGCGGGCCCUGCCGUUAGCUUUCACGUGAGGGGGAUGCCUGAGAAGAUCGGAGUGUUCGUCGACUACGAGGGGGGUCUGGUCUCCUUCUACGACGUGGAUGCCAGGGCGCAGAUUUUCUCCUUCAGCGGCUGCGACUUCACAGAAAAACUCUUUCCGUUCUUCAGCCCAUGUACUAAUGAUGGCGGCAAAAACGCAGCCCCUUUGAUCAUUACACCUGUCAAAUACAAGAUCUGAGGGGGAACUGGAGGGAAAAAAAAACAGGUAAUACGCCGAGAUGUUAUUAUAAGGGAAAGCUGAAGAAUGACAUUUUGUUUCUCCCAUCCAUCAGUGUCAGUCCUGUGUGUCACUGUGUCAUCUGUCACAGAGACAGCUGUGGAUCCCCACCAGAGUCCCUGUGCAGACAUCAGGACUGUGAAUAUACACAGAUUUACAGGACACUCAUGGAACUAAAAGUCUCACACACAGAACUAAAUCUUCCUUAUGAUGCGGCACACAGGCUCGAAAUUUUAAUACUUGGUACUGAUGAUCAGUUAAAGAUAAAACCACUGAGCCUGUUUACAUGCACACAAAAAAUCUGAUUUCUGGACUUAUCAUAUUAUUCAAGUGAUCAUAUAAACAGCAUAAUGUGAUCUGCUUUAUCAGAUGAUGACAAGUAUCUGAUUAUGAGAAAUCACAUUAACACGCCUGGAUUUCUCCCCUGUACUCUGAUGUCUUUGUGCAUGUACGCUUAUUAAUCUGAUUUAUUUUGUUUAAACCCCCCCCCCCCACCGAAGAGGAGGCAAGGGGUAUUGAUUUUGGUUUGGUUUCUUUCUUUCUUUCUUUUUCAACAUUCUAGCAGCAAAACUAUUGGUUGAGUUCAUACCAAAUUUGGUUAAUAGAUUGCACGUCACACAGGAUAUAUGUCAUUGCAUUUUCGGAACAGUAGGUCAAAGUUCAAAUUUUUUAUGAAUUUUUUAAAUAUCUUUUUUCCUCAUUUCCUUAUAAUGGGAGAAAAUUCAUAUGUCUGUAGCAGCAAAACUGUUAGGUGAA